AUGCAACAAGCUUCACCGAUAAAAGUUAUCUAUGAUUUAGCUCGACGAAAUAAAAUAUUUGUUGAAUAUCGAUUGGAAAAAGAAUCGGGUCCAGCUCAUGCAAAACUAUAUACGAUUCGACUUUACGUGGGCGAUAAAGACUAUGUUGGUACUGCGCGUAGUAUCAAAUUAGCGCAACGUACAGCUGCUCAAUUAGCUCUUGAUGAUCACCGAAAUCUACUAAUCACACAUAAUUAUGAUCAAGAUAUGUCACCAACAAGUGUAUUUCAGUCACCAACUGUUGCAUUAAACACAUGGGCUAAUCGAAAUCAUAUUUCAACGCAUUAUGUCUUACUCAAUGAAUUAUUUAAAUCAGCAUCAUCAAAUCAUCCUCGUAAUUUUUUUUAUUAUCGUCUUUAUCUCGGUCAUAAUUUAUAUUUUGAUGGAUAUGCUCAUACACAUCAAAAAGCUCGUAUUAAUUGUGCACUUAAUGCUUUAUAUUUUCUACGUCAAAAUCAAGUAUCAUCACCUAUUUCAAAAAGAAAUCAUCAAACAAAAUCUGACAUAUCACUUAUGUAUGAACGUGCUAAACAACUUGGUCUUUCUGUUUAUAUUAAAUUUGAUGAUCCAUUUACAGUUACAUAUCAUAUUGGUGAAAAUUAUUCAACAAUUGGCAAAGGUUAUAAUAAACAAUCAGCUAAACAAAUAGCUGCUAAAAAAAUGUUAGAAAUUUUACCAUCACAUAAUAUUCAACAAAAUCUGAAUCCGAUUACACGUAUUUAUCAAUUAGCUCAACAACGACAAGUUAAAAUUGAAUUUAUACAAUUAUUUAAUAGAGAAAAUAUUACUUUUCAAAUCAAACUUGGUGAUAAUGACAUAGCUGAAGGUUAUGGUAAAACAAAACAAAUAGCUAAACAAGCUGCUGCUGAAGCUCUACUUGAGAAAUUAGAUUCUAUUGUUAUUUUACCACCACCGCCAGUUAAAGGUUUACUUAAACGAGAUGGAAAUAAUGAUAAUAUAAAUAAAUCAGAAAAAAAACAUGUACAUUUUGUUGAAGAUAUAAUUGAAAAAGACGAACAAACAUUUUCUUUUCAGUCCUCACCAACAAUUUUAAAUUCAUAUAAACAAAAAUUAAUUGAAGCUUGUCAAAAAUUACAUAUGCAUAUUGAAUAUUUAGAUAAAAUGAAUGAAAAUGAGAACACUGGUAGUUCACGAUAUCAAUCAAUAGUUAGUUUAUCAACUGAUGAUCGUCUUCUUGCACAAUUUUGUGGUCAUGGUCCAUCAUUAAUACGUGCACAAGAAAAUGCUUCAUCAGCUGUUUGGAAUAAUUUAAAGCAAUUACUUAAUGGAUCUAUUCAGAAUCGAACUAUCAGACACAUCAAAUUCAAAUUGAUUCUACCCACUAUAGCAUCUAUUAUUGAUGUUAAUAUUGCUCGACAAACACAAUGUUUAUCUAGUGCUGAUAUGUUUGAUAUAAUUCCUCAAGAGGAUAAUAGACGAACAGUUCCGAUCAGAUAA